AUGUCAGCCAAGAGGAGCAUCGCUGAAGUUCAUAUCAGUGAGUAUCAAGAUCAUCCAAGUGUCGCUAUUGGAAGCUUUUUCAAAGGAUUCCAAGCUCCAGAGGGCACUACAUUUGAUCUAUACAAAAAGAAAACAAGCAAGGAUCAAUUCAUUUUGCAUGGGGAAAAUGAUAAGUUAGAAUAUAAUGGUGAGACGGAUCCUGAGUCAGUAACGUCUAAUCAAUACCUAGUUGGGAUUUUCAACCCAGAGAAAAAAUCAGUGCAAUUAUAUAAGGCGCCACUAAUUGCAUCGAAGAUCUUUUCGAAACACACAAAAAACCUGUCGGGUCCAACAAUCAAGAGUAACGAUGUAAGAUCUUCUGCGUUGAGAAACGCACUAGGUGAAGCUUUCGGUACGAAAAAGGCAAAGAAGGCAAUUGCUGAUUUAGAAAGGAACCGUGUCGAUUCUGAUAAGCUAGUUGAUUCCGCCGUUGAUAUUGUGGACUCUGUAAGAACCGCUGCCAAAGACCUACCUUCGAGACAGCAAUUAGAAGAGCAAGUUACCCACGACAGACCUACACCGUUAGCAAAUAUAGAUGCUACUGACGUUGAGCAAAUUUAUCCUGUGGAAAAUAUAAUACCAAAAAGAGAGUUGCAAGUUAUUCGUGUUGGACCUUUACUUAAGGAAACUGACCACGAAAAAAGAUUGGAACUUUUACCGUACAACAAAUCUCAAUACAUUUCGAAAAAAUUACCAGCUUUGACUCAAGCAACCCAAAUGACAAAAUUACAACUACUGUUCUACCUUUCUUUACUGCUAGGUGUGUACGACAAUAGAAGAGUCAACAAUAAGGUCAAACUUUUGGAAAGAUUAUCCUCCCCAUCUGAGAUUUUACUAGACGGUGUUUUAGAAAGAUUUACCGUGCUAAGAGCUGGCCAGAUUGGUAAGUCCAAGGAUAGAUCGUUUGUUAUUGAUCCACAGAACGAAGAUAAAUUGUUGUGCUACAUCUUGGUUGUCAUUUUGCAUUUGAACAAUUUUAUCGUAGAGAUCUCACCGUUAGCCAAAGAAUUGGGUCUCAAACCAUCGAAGCUAGUUAAUCUUUUCAGAGUAAUUGGCGCACAAGUUAAAGGAGCCACAGUAGCACAGGCUGAAGCCUUCAACAUUCCAAAGAGUUCUGCUUCAACAUACAAAAUUGCUACUCUAAAAGUUCCUUUCAAAUUACCACAAAUGACAAGAAGGGGUAGAGCACCACGCUAG